AUGCUUUCUGACAAAGAGCUAUACGACUUGAACAAAAAGGCCGUGAGCCAAGGGUUCAACAUCAAGCCCAGACUCAAUUACAACACUGUGGGUGGUGUGAAUGGUCCGCUGGUGAUUUUGGAAAAGGUCAAGUUUCCUCGUUACAACGAGAUCGUGAACUUGACGCUGCCCGACGGAACGAGCAGACAGGGUCAGGUCUUGGAGGUAAGAGGCGACAGAGCCAUUGUGCAAGUGUUCGAGGGUACUUCGGGUAUCGACGUGAAGAAGACCACGGUCGAGUUCACCGGUGAAAACUUGCGGAUUCCGGUCUCGGAGGACACCUUGGGACGUAUUUUCGACGGCUCAGGAAGACCUAUCGACAACGGCCCCAAAGUGUUCGCAGAGGACUACUUGGAUAUCAACGGGUCUCCUAUCAACCCUUACGCCCGUAUUUACCCGGAGGAAAUGAUCUCGACUGGUGUCUCCGCCAUCGACACCAUGAACUCCAUCGCGCGUGGUCAAAAGAUCCCCAUCUUUUCGGCAUCUGGUCUGCCCCACAACGAAAUUGCCGCUCAGAUUUGUAGACAAGCCGGUCUUGUUAGACCUACUAAGGACGUUCACGAUGGACACGAAGAAAAUUUCUCCAUUGUUUUCGCCGCCAUGGGUGUCAACUUGGAAACCGCCAGAUUUUUCAAGCAAGAUUUUGAAGAAAAUGGUUCUUUGGAGAGAACUUCCUUGUUUUUGAACUUGGCCAACGACCCUACUAUUGAAAGAAUUAUUACUCCAAGAUUGGCUUUGACCACUGCUGAAUAUUUGGCGUACCAAACUGAGCGUCAUGUCUUGACAAUCUUGACUGAUAUGUCGUCUUACGCCGAUGCGUUGAGAGAGGUCUCUGCUGCCAGAGAAGAAGUGCCAGGUAGAAGAGGUUACCCAGGUUACAUGUAUACCGAUUUGUCCACCAUUUACGAGAGAGCCGGUAGAGUUGAGGGCCGUAAUGGUUCUAUCACUCAAAUUCCUAUUUUGACCAUGCCUAACGACGAUAUCACGCAUCCAAUUCCAGAUUUGACCGGUUACAUUACCGAAGGUCAAAUUUCUGUGGACCGUCAAUUGCACAACAAAGGUAUCUACCCUCCAAUCAAUGUGCUCCCAUCGCUAUCCAGAUUAAUGAAGUCCGCCAUUGGUGAAGGUAUGACUAGAAAGGAUCACGGUGAUGUGUCCAACCAGCUUUAUGCCAAAUAUGCUAUUGGUAGAGACGCUGCGGCUAUGAAAGCUGUCGUUGGUGAGGAGGCUUUGUCAAUUGAAGACAAAUUGUCUCUAGAAUUCUUGGAGAAAUUUGAGAAAACCUUCAUUGCCCAAGGCGCUUAUGAAAACAGAACAGUCUUCGAUAGUUUGGACCAAGCCUGGUCUUUGCUAAGAAUUUAUCCAAAAGAGAUGCUUAACAGAAUUUCUCCAAAAAUCUUGGAUGAAUUUUACGAUAGAUCCAGAGAUGAAGACGAAGAUGAUGAGCAAGAAGAAGAAGAUCCAGACAAAAAGCCUCAGGAGGACUCUUUGAUCUAA